AUGAAAAAGAUACUGAUAGGUUUUUCGGAAAAUAUAGACUUUGAAAAAUGGAACAAUAAUCCCGACUAAUACAAAAUAACUUUACCAUAAAAUUUCGUUAGUGAUAAAAUAAAUAAAAUAAAUACUCACACAUUUCGUUUAUUUGCUAUGUAAGAUUCAGAGCUAAUAAUUGGAAUUCGUAUAUUAAAUGUUAAAUAUUUUUCUAUGCGUAGUAUAUUUAUGUAAUGUGCAAAAAUUAAAAUAAAUACGCCUUAUCGUGCAAUAUUUUAAUAAAAUAAAAUAUUUGCUGCUGUUAUAAAAAAUCCCUCUGUAGCAAACCUUCCUUUAUUUUUACCUAAUUUAGACUAAGAUGGUAAAUAUCCUAACUAUUUAAUAGGUUAUACAUAAAUAAUACCUCCAAAUACAUUAACUAAUUUAGAAUUGACAAAAGACCAAUAAAAAAUAUUCCAAAACAACGCUUUUUAUUGGAAAGAUAAAACUCAAAUUGUAAUGCCUUAUAUUCCUUUUUUUUAAAACUGUUAAAAUAUGGGUGAAUAUAUUUUCUUUGAAGAUUUUAUUGAAAAUGAGGAAUAUUGUUAAAUAUAUGAUACUUCAUAAACUAAGCCUAUAAACUAAGUAACUUUCGGAGAUGUACCGAUUUCAGAUACAUGUAAAAACGUGGAACUUACAUGCGUUAUGGAUGAUGCUUUUUUGGAAAACCCUGCAUAAAUAAUGUGGUUUUAGACAGUUAAAUAAGAUGUACUUUUUUAUUUGACUAAUAACCCUAUUGAUAUAACAAAAAUAAUUAAUGAAAAUAAAAUGUUUACAUAUUUAGAUUUAAUACCAGUGAUAGUUUAAAGCGAUAUUCCUUCAAAUAAGUUGCCUACUAUCGUUGAAUUAUAAAUAAAAUAUUAUUAAGUUGAUAAAGAAAAUAAAAUAAUUAUUACAGCCCUUGUUUAUUUCAAAUAAUUAGUUGAUAUAGAAUAAUACAAAAGUAAAAAAUAAGCAUUUAAAUAUGUCCUUAAUAUAAGCUUUCUUUCUAUGACUUAAGCUGAAUUAGCUAUUGCUUUUGCAUUAGAUUGGAUUGUUUAUUUAAUUUUAUCUUUACUAAUUGGAACUUUUAGUGUUGUUAUGAUAUCAAUUUUCAGUGGUUAUCAUGCUUUAAUGAAUAAAAUGUUCAAAAGAUAAGUAAAAGCCAAAUUUAAUAUUUUUAAAGGGUAUUUUAAAUAAUUUUAUCCACCUUUAAUUAUAGGAAUAAGUUUUUCAUGUGUACCCGUAUUUUUUAUUUCUUUUCUUUGUUCAAUUAUUAUGACUGGAGGAUUUUGGGAUGUGUAAUUUUUCCCUUGUUCAGUUUAAGAUAAUUGCUAAAGCUUUUUUGAAUAUUUUGAUGUUUUUUAGUUUUAAUUAAAAAUAAAUAUAAAUAUUUUUUUAAAAAAAAAAUAGCCUUUUUUAUUAUUUGAAAAUACUACUUAAUAAAUAAGAAGCGGAAGAACCGGACUUGCUUAAAUAGUUAUUGGUAUAUAUUCAACGAUGGUUAUGUAUUUGUUUAUUAAAGAAUCUCAUGAUGGAAAUAUUUGGAAUGAAUAGUCUUGGCAUAGAAUGUAUUUUUUUUAGUUUAAUAUUUUUAUUUGGAUUGUUAUGAUUUUUAUAAUGUAUUUAUCUUUCUCUACAGUUUAUGGAAAAUAUAUCUGGUAUUUUAUGGUUGUGUUGAAAGUUUUCUAAAUUGUCUUCGAAGAAUGGCUUAAGCUUUAUGUUUGUACAGAACUAAAACUUAAUUUAUUAAGUGUAUUAUUAUCUUAAGGAAUGUAAAUUGCUGGACUUGGAGCUAUUGACUUUUUUGAUUUCUUAUUUUCCUAUUUUGUAGGAUUAGGUAUUUAAUGUUUUGAAAAAACACACUAAGUACUUUCAGUAAAAUAUUUAACUGAUUAUUUCUUUGAAAUAUCUGAAUAAAUAUAGAAAUAUUUAAAAAAAAUAAUAAGUAAAAGCGAAGAUAUUGAUUUAGAUGAAGAAGAUGAUAACACUACUUUAGAAAAAUCAAAUUAAAAUAUUUUAUUUUCUAAUAAUAUUGAUGAUUUUUAAAAAGUUGAAAAUCAUAAAUUUAUUUAUGAAUAACAAUAAUAAUACAAAAUAAAUGUAAAGAAAUAACUUUAUGAAUUAUAAGAAACAGAUAAAUAUGAAAAAUAUUACUAACAUUAUUUAAAGACAAAAUUUAAUAAUCAAUAAAACUAAAAAACCAAACAAAACAAACAAAAUUAUGAAUAAAGUGAAUAUUCGAAUUAAUUAGAAAUUUAUUGCGAUUUUUCCAAUAAUAGCUUUACAAUUUUUUAUUAUGCAAUAUAUAAAAUAAAAAAUAUUUAAUUAAUAAUAUAUUUUAAAAAAGCCUAUAUCAAUCAUUAUUACAUGGAUUUUUAUGAUGAAAAUGAAAUUCCAUUAAUGUUCGGAAUAUCUAAGGCAGGUUUAGUUUUUUACUUUUUAUUUAAUGUUGCAAUUAUACCAUUUUAAAAUAAUAAUUGA